GGGGGCCCACACCGCAGUGGCACAGCCGUCGUCUUCUCUUCCUCGUGAGGCAGAGGCACAGACAGCAGCUAAGGAAGGGAGAGCCCUAACCCCAAUUGGAGUUCCCAAUGGAUCCCUAGCACGCAGGCAGGAGGAAGACGGCAGCAGCAAGAGGAGGAAGAAGAAGAGGAUCCCCAGAACAGGCGAGGAAUCGCAAUCAGGCCCUGGAUUGCAACCUGUAUCGCAAGCAAGGAACCGUCGCAAUCCGCCGAUUCCACCCCCGCCGCCGCCUCCACCCCGUCCCUAGGGUUGAGUGGGCUUCCAACUCGCCCCGCCGAGGAGAGAGAUAGAGGCCUCCUCGUUCCACCCUCGCUUCAUACAGCCUUCUGCUAGGGUUAGUUUCGACGUGGGGGGAGGGGGCUCCUCCUCCGCCGCCGCCGCCGAUGCCUCCCGGCGGUAGGCGCGGCGCCAAGCCGGCCCGCAAGUGGACCAGGGAACCGCAGCUCGGCGACCUCGUCCUCGCCAAGGUCAAGGGUUACCCGCCCUGGCCCGCCAAGGUCAGCAGGCCGGAGGACUGGGGCCAAACGCCAAUGCCACGCAAGUUCUUCGUCUUCUUCUUCGGAACAAGAGAGAUUGGUUUUGUAGCUCUGGCAGAUCUUCAGGAAUUUACUGAAGAGGCAAAGAAUGGGCUGUUAGAUCGAGCUCCGAACACUAAAUUGCCAAAAAAAUAUGCACAAUCUUUUAAUGAUGCUGUGGAGCAGAUCUGUAAGGCCCAUGAUGAGCUGCCAAAAUCAUCUGAAAUUGCAAGCGGUGCUUUGCCUGAUCAGAGUGAAAAGCCUACAGAGCACCCUGUGAAGUCGCCUGAUAAUGGUGAGACUCCAGGAUUGGGACAAAUGGAAGGUGAUAGUCCUAUCGACGACUCGAAUACUUUAGGGCAAGGGUCAGGGACUGAGGAUGUGAAAGAUGUUAGCCAUGAAAGAGGGGAUCCUUCUUUAGCAGUUUCUCAAAAGAAAAGACCUUUACAAAAGGAUCCUGAUCACCCCAAGACAAAGAAGUCUGUUGCAUCCAAGUCUGCUCUUGACAUGUACCAUGAACAGGAGUAUUCACCAACCUCUGUGUCUGCAGAAAGGGACACUGAAGAACUAAAAGUUGAAAAAGAGAGCCAUCCACCUGAAGGUUUUGUUUUGGACCCCAACUUGGAGGUAGUUUGCGCCCUUGAAGUACCAAAGAAAUCUAAAGCCGAGAAGCAGUUGAAGAAUGCGGAAAGGAAGGAAAACAAGCGUGCUGGCAUUGGUGGUUCUACUGGAAGGACUGCUACUGAGGCUGCAUCAGAUGUUGUAUUAAACAUGAGUGCUGACAAAGAGAGCAGAGGAUUUAAGAAGUCAAAAAUCAUGACGAAACAAUCACUGGCCAAUGAUUCAGAGAAAAGGGACUAUAACAAAAUUGUGCAUGGCAAGCCUGACAAUCAGUCGACUGGAAAAUCAUCUGCAGGAUUUUCUUCCAAUAAGAAGUCUCUGCCUGGUAGCGUGCAGCGCAAGCCGGACAGUAGUACUUAUACACAUCAGGCAAAGAGGGCAAGACUUACGGAUAGGGGCGGAGAAACAGUUAAGACAAUUGCCAAGAGUGAGACGAAGUUAACUGUUAAUAAUGAAAAGGAUAAUGCUAUGAAGCAUGAGAGAUCUACCUCUGUAGAGACAAGAAACAACACAGUUCCUAAGACUGGUAUCAGUGAUGAUAGGGCACAGAGAUCAGGGAAUAUUCUAUCACCUGUAUCAAGGCUUCAUUCUGAGGGAUUGGAACCAGCAUCUGGUUCUGCAACUCAGUCAGUUGUUGCUGAUUCUGCUAAAAAGGGCUCCAGCAUGAAGGAGGAUGCCUCACGUGUUGAUAGGCAAUUGGUGAAACCCAAGAGAAGAGCGUGUCGCUUUGAUGAUGAUGAGAACGAAGGACAACGGACACCACUUCAUAGAACAUCUGCCAAAUCUUUCUCCACACAUGUAGUCCCAGCUGAGAAUACAGGGACUCGGGGGAAUUUUUCAUCUCAAGUUGGCAAUGCUUCUGUAAAAAAUUCUGGUGCUGCAAGAGAAGAGAAGCCAAGAUGUGUUGGGAUGUCACCUGUGAAGUAUGAGCCGGUUUGUUCUUCACCAAGUCAAGAUAAAAUGCUUGCUAGACAACAGAUGAUGGGGAGAAGAUCAAUCACAGGCUUGAUCAAUACUUCUGCUGGUUUGGGUAACAAAAUUAACCUGGCAGAUCGGAAAUCUUCUGGACAGUUAAAAAUGCCAGCAUCCUCUGAAGCGAAGAAACUUCAUACUAGUUCUUCUAAACUAUUACACCAAACAUCUGAAAACUCCCAUUCUCGAAACCAUGCUUCCUCAGAAAAGAACGCCUUGCUGUCCAAAUCAGAAAACACGAAGGCUAAACCUAAGCCUGGGGCGCAGAUAGCUACUGCUGUUGAGAAUAAGGUAAGCACCACUUUGUCAGCUGAACGAACUGGGAAGCGGGAUCACUCGAGAGAUGAAAGAUCAAAUUUUGUUGAUAAAGCAGCUUCUUCUGAACCCAACCCCGAUUCCGUCAGGUCAAUGAAACAUCUUAUUGCAGCUGCCCAAGCCAGGAGGAAUCUUAUUGCGUCUUCUCACGGAAAGUUUGAUGAGUCUUUGGCUGAUAAUGCUGGUCUUACCUCCACACCAUAUGGUUUGCCUGGAUUGAGCCCUAGUCCUGUUUUUCGCAUUCCAUCCGCAUCUAGAAUUGCUUUUCCAGAGAGCCCUGGUCAACAUAUUGUUCUGAAAAACCCAAUGGAGCUUGACCAUGAACAUGGAAAAAGUCCCAAACCUAGGCAGACCAGCGGUUCACCGAAUGGUGGCACAGAUGCAGCGAUUGCUCGUGAUGCUCUGGAGGGAAUGAUAGAGACACUCUCGAGGACAAAGGAUAGUAUAGGACGUGCGACACGUCAUGCAAUUGAGUGCUCCAAAUAUGGCAUUGCUGGCGAGAUUGUUGAGCUUCUCAUACAGAAAUUGGAAAACGAGCCUAAUUUGCAUCGUAGAAUUGAUCUCCUUUUUCUUGUGGACUCCAUAACGCAGUGUUCUCAUUCUCAGAAAGGCAUUGCCGGGGCUUCAUAUGUUCCCACUGUUCAAGCUGCAUUACCUCGUCUUUUGGGUGCUGCUGCUCCACCUGGAGUUGGUGCUCGUGAAAACCGGCGCCAGUGCCUCAAAGUUUUAAGAUUGUGGCUUGAGAGAAAGAUUAUGCCAGAAGACAUACUCCGAAGGUACAUGGGUGACAUUGAGGUGCCAAAUGAUGAUACUAGCACAAGUUUUCUGUUGAAGCGACCAUCCCGCGCUGAACGCUCUGUAGAUGAUCCUAUUAGGGAGAUGGAUGACAUGCUUGUUGAUGAGUAUGGAAGCAAUGCAGCAUUUGAGCUUUCUGGAAUUUUAUCAGCAAAAGUCUUUGAAAAUGAUGAAGAUUUUCCUCAAAAUAAUGGAUCAUCACCAUUUAUUUCGCGGCCAGUUGAAAGUGAUGGCAUACAAGAAAAUGAAGAUACUAUUGCUCCAACAUCUGUUACGGAACACAUUAUUUUACCAGAGACUGAAACUACUGAUGCUGCUAUGGAAGAUGCUUCGGAGUUACUAAGAUACAAGCAACAUACUGAUGGAGCUAUCCUCAUUGAGCAUGACUCAAGGCAAGAACUUGGUUCAGAGCAGGCGUUGAUUGAUCAGAAUGAGCUUCCCCCUCUACCCGAGGGACCUCCACCGCUUCCAUCGGAUUCACCUCCCCCUCCCCCUCCUUUGCCUCCUUCACCACCACCUGCUACACCGUCACCGCCACCGCCACCUCCCCUUUCGCCAGCUUCACCACCUCCGCCGCCACCUCCGCCUCUUCCAUCUGGACCACCUCCUCAGCCUGCUCCACCACCUCUGCCAACCCAGCCCCCACCUCUUCCUUCUAUUCCGCUGCCCGUUCCUUCAUCUCCAUCAUCAUUGGGUUAUCAGCCUCCAGCGCCAGAGUACUUCAGGACCCCCAAUGGCAACCAACUAACACAGAUAACAGGAAAUGCAUCGAUUCAAGCUAUUGGAAAUACAACAAACUUUAUUCCUGGCGGAUCAGUCAAUGGACAAGCUGCAGUUAAUUUCGUACCUUCAAUGCCAACGGAGUACGGAAACAAUAAUGUGUUUUUAGCACCACAAGCUUCUAAUGGUAAUUACCAGUUUCGACCCACUGGUGUACCUUUUCAGCAAGGGAAUUUCAGCGCCUUUCCAUCUGCACAAACACCACCAGUUCAUUCCCACUCUCGUCUUGCACACAUGAAUUCCAUGGGCCAACAAGCUGUACCACCUCCAAGCAAUCCUUAUGUUGUGCAGUCCUUUCCAAAUAGUCAAAGCCAUUAUCCAUCUGACGAACAUUGGCGAAUGGCAUCUGGUAACUUUAGUCCAGAUGACCAGCAUAAUAAUUGGUUAGCAGGUAGCAGAGCAUUAUCUUGCGCAGAAGGGUCAUUCAUGCAGGAUGGAUAUUCAAGGUCUAACAUUGGCAGAUCUUCAAUGAAUCCUAUGAGUCAUCAACAUCCUGUUCUAAAUCAUUUGCCAUCUGGAGCACCGAUACCAGGCCAUGUUGUUCCUCAGAUGCUACCAGCCAGAUCUGAUGUUCACACACUUAAUUGCUGGAGGCCUUCUUGACGAAGUUGUGCAUUGAACUCCUUGCUUUAGGUUUUUGGCUUAGGAAGUUCGGGGCAUUGGAGGCCAUUUGAAUUCGCUAUGCAACAAGUUGUGCUUCUGUUAGUCUGUUUUGUGAUGAAGAUGAAGAUACACUUGCCUGCGGUGUAACGAUGAGAUCUGCCACAGUAUUUGGAAUGGACAUUUUACAAUGUAAUUAGUCUUGAGUCUUGACAGCAGCAUCCAGCAGACUAAUCUCUCUUAGUGUCUGAAGAAUGUUAUUCAAGUGGCGGUAAUUUUGAUUUGUUGAUAUGGACAUUGGUGACUUUGAUAAACUUGAGGGGAGCUUCUGUAGCGAGUUAAAUGCUUGAUUUGAAGAGGUAAAAUGUAGAAUUGUACAAAAAGAUAUGUACAGUUGGUUGCAUAAUGUGUUGUUGCCCCUUGGCACAAGCUAGGGAUGGCUAAUGGAUUUCUGGAACCCUUAUUGGACAAUUGCAAGAAAGUCUUACAGGUCGGUUAGUUAGGCAUGCAAUGCAAUGGUGGAAUAUUGGUAACCCUUUGUACUUUUGAAAACAAGUCGGUUAGUUAGGCAUGCAAUGCAAUUGAAUGAGUAGAGGCACUCCAUUUGAGUCGUGA